CAAGUGUCGGUCGCUCAAGUGGCGGGGUGGCUCAAGUGGCGGUCGCUCAAGUGGCGGUCGCUCAACUGUCGGGGUCGCUCAAGGGUCGAUCGCUCUAGUGUCGGUCGCUCAAAUGUCGGGUCGCUCAAGUGUCGGCGCUCAAAUGUCGGCGCUCAAAUGUCGGGCGCUCAAACGUCGGUUAAUCGUUUCAUUCAUGUCUCCAAUUUAUUUUCUUUCAGAAUUAUGAAUAUUUCGUCUCAAAGUUUGGACGUGGAGUUAAUCUACCCAGUCAUAAAUCGUUCAGUGAUCAUUUUCGACCAUUCGAUAAUGCUCUCGAAACAUUAUUUCAUAAUAAAUACAAGCAACGUUUCGAUGUUGCAUUUUCCUUUCCGGGUGAAGUACGUCCUAUAUUCCAAGAAAUAGCUGAAACAUUACGAAAUAAAAUCGCUGUUUUUUAUGAUCAUUAUCAUCGCGCAGAAUUAGCACGAAUAAAUCUUGAUUUAUAUUUACAAUCGAUUUAUCGUCAUGAGACAAAGUUAAUUGUGAUAUUCAUGUGUAAACAAUACAAUGAAAGAGAGUGGUGUGGGUUAGAACUGCGUGCUAUUAGAAAUUUUAUUAAGACAAAACAAUAUCAUCGAAUUAUGCUUUUGAGCGUCGAUGGCACAAGCGAAAUAGAUGGUAUUUAUGGACUUGAUGGUCACAUAAAUAUCAAGGAUAUGAAGGCUACAGAAGUUGCCGAUUAUAUUGUUCAGCGAUUAGAACAACCUCGUAAGUCAGUUGACUGCGAAGAAAAAUGCGAAAAUUCUGAUCGAGUAAAAAAUAUUACAAUUCAAUGUUCAAAUUGGUUGACAGACGCCGUGAAGUCCACACGUAGCCUUCCAAAAAGCGCACUAAUAUUAUUACUCCUUAUAAUUUCCAUUUGUUAUUUAUUAGUUGGUGCUGGAUGUGUUGUAAUGUUUUUCUUAUUUUUACUGGUUUUUUAA